GUUGGGCAUUGAUUAUGCUAUCAUUUGUACACAGUCCGCGACGGAGUCACUAUCAACCUGAAUCAAACCAUCUUAAGGGAAAAUUGACAUUCCGAAGUGUUGUGACCGUGCAGCGUGUUUAAACUUGAACUUGCACCCAGCAUCACGGCCGCGUGACGUCGUCGUGACGUGUCCUGACGUAUGGCAGAUAGAGCGAGCUACGCGUACGACCCGGUCGGGACCGGAGCAGUCAGUCAGCAGCACAGGAUGGAAGCGGGACAGUUGUGGCGGCAGUAUGUCAUCGCCGGCAUCGCGAACAUCGCGAUCGCGUCCACUGGAUAUUCGAUGGGAUGGACCUCUCCAGUCAAUAUAAAGUUACAAGACAAGAAUGCGACCGACUCCCCGUUGUCCGAGCCACUCACAGCUGAUGAGUUAGCCUGGGUCGGCUCACUGCUCCCCGUUGGUGCCAUAUUCGGACCCUUCAUCGGUGGUUUAGCAGCAUCAAAGAUAGGCCGCAAAUGGGGUCUCAUGGCCUCCGCCAUCCCACUAUUCGUGGGAUGGAUCCUAAUCGCCGUGGCCAAGAACGUGGGCUACCUUUACGCUGGUCGGAUAUUCUGGGGCAUUGCUGUAGGCAUGCUCUUCACUGUAUCGCCAAUGUACUGCGCUGAAAUCGCCACUAACGAAGUCCGCGGUGCGCUGGGGUCCUUCCUACAAGCAUUCAUCACACUCGGCUUCUUGCUGGUAUACGGGAUAGGUCCAUUCGUCUCCUACAACGUAGUAGCGUACGUGGGCGUCGCGUUUGUUGCCGUCUUCAGUAUCUGCUUCUACUUCAUGCCUGAAUCGCCGAUGUAUCAUCUCAUUAAAAAUGAUCGUGAGUCGGCUGCGGAAUGUCUGAUGACAAUCCGCGGUAAAUCUCGUACUGGUGUUGAAACUGAACUCAACCAGAUUGCAACAGACGUCAAUGCUUCUAUGGAAAAAACUGCCACGUUAGCAGACGUGUUCCGCGGCAGCAAUUUCAAGGCUUUCUACAUCUCGUGCGCGCUGGUGUUCUUCCAGCAGUUCAGUGGUAUCAACGCUGUUCUCUUCUACAUGAACACCAUCUUCAAAGCAGCUGGUUCUGAUUUAGAUCCUUCUAUUGCUACUAUCAUUAUCGGUGCUGUACAGGUUGUAGCAUCAAUGAUAACCCCAUUGGUGGUAGACAGGCUUGGUAGGAGACUUCUCUUAUUGGUCUCUACUUGCGGAACUGCCAUUGGUUUGGCUCUUUUAGGCAUGUACUUCCUGCUUAACUCACAAAACAGUCCAGUGGUAUCCAGCAUUGGAUUCCUACCCAUUCUCUCUCUGGUGCUGUUCAUCGUCACUUACUGCUGGGGUCUGGGUCCUUUGCCAUGGGCAGUGAUGGGAGAACUCUUGCCUAUUGAAGUUAAAGCCGUCGCUUCGCCGAUUGCUACUGCUUUCUGCUGGAUCAUGUCCUUCUUGGUCACCAGGUUCUUUGAGCCGAUAGCGGAAGCUGUAGGUAUGUAUGUUGCAUUCUGGAUCUUCGGUGUAUGUUGCGUGUGCGGCUUCUUCUUCACACUAUUCCUGGUGCCGGAGACAAAGGGUAAAAGUUUGCAGGAGAUUCAGGAAAUACUAGCUGGCGGGUAAGCAUCUUUAUUACAGUUAAAGAAUUAAAUUGUUA